AACAAUGGCUGCUGCGGGUGCGCAUGCGUGGAACGUCGGGGGUUGUUUCUCCGCAAAAUAAUGGCUGCUUGCGUACGCGGGCGCCUGCGCGCGUAGGUCUCCCCCGAUUUGGGUCGCUGGAGGUUCCGCUCGCUCAGGCCCGAGGCGGUCAGGAUGCCGCAGAGACCCGGGGAGGAGGAGGAAGAGGAGCGAGAACGGGAGGACGCUGCUCGGCUCCUGUGUUCGGUAAACACGCGGGAGCCUUGCCAAGUUGUUUUCUGCAACCGCACCCCCCGCUUGGUGAGCCCCGUCUGGCUGGACUUCGACGGGAAGCCGCGCCCCUAUCCCACCCUGAAACCGGGGACCGGCCGCCGGAUGCACAGCUACCUGGAACAUCUUUGGUUGUUCAGAGAUGCUGGGACAGAUGAUAGUCUCCUUGUCAACCAGACAGAGCUAUUUGUAGCUACUCGCAAUACGAAUGGACAACCCAUAUUUGCAAAUAUUACAUUGCCAGUAUUCACUCUGAAAGAAAGAUGUCUGCAGGUUGUCCGCACUUUAGUGAAACCAGGAAACUACAGGAAAUUAGACAUUGUUCGUUCAUUAUAUGAAGAUCUAGAAGAUUAUCCAGACAUUAGGAAGGAUCUUCAGCGGCUUUCUCUGGAAAGGCAUAACCGGCUGAGGAAUGGAAUCUGACAGAAGUGAGGAAUGAGAAAGCUCUUUCGGAUAAUAAACUGCUGUGUACAAGAGUUACUAACUAUAUUUUAUGGAUGGAAAAGAUGACAGCAACAUUCCAUUGUGUGUUAGUAGUCAUCCCUUGUUUGGUUUGGUGUAUGUAAGUUAUAUGUUGACAGCCGUAGGCGUGGGACAAGUCAAAAUGCCACCAUGCUGCAGAUGAAAACACUUCAAUAAAACACAAAACUCUCUUUUAUAUUAGGCAAAGUAUAGAAGCUUGAUACAGUCAUACAGGAGAAGAUGAAGUUUGCCAAAGCUGUUCUCAGGUGGCUCUUCACAUAAUUCAACUACUGUUUUAUUUUAUUUUUAUUAUUUUAUUUUAGAAACUGAAACUUGGACAAAAUAAUUAUAUUUAAGAAUAAAUUAAACUUUCCACAUUUAUG